AUGACCGUUUCCGAUCGCCCAGAAAGAACUCACAAACUUCCAUGCUAUUUGGAAGACUACAUUGUCGGUGAUUUUGAUUUGAGAAAGAAUUACGAGAAGGAAAUUAAGAAGCGUGAAGCUCAAAAGAAGAAGAAGAAGACUUUGACAACAACCUCUUCAUCAACAAGAAGCUUCUCCUCAUCAUCAUCAUCUAUCACCACCAGCUCUUCCUCUCUCAAAGCCAAGAGUACCAGUACUGAAAAGACCACUGCCAAGAGAAGGGAAAAAGCAAAACUAGAUACCAAGAAGAAGAAAGACUCGAUCAAGAAAUCCAUCCGAAGCUCCAAAUCAUCAUCAUCAUCAUCCUUCUUCUCUUCCACCUCAACCGCAUUCACAUCUUCUGUUGUGGUUACUCCUUACAAUGAUUUCAAAAAUCCCAAAUAUAAGGUUUAUACCUCUCCAUCCGAAGCUAAAACAAAACUCUUGGAAAAGACACCCGGAAACAAAAUGUUCUCAGGCAGAGAGGAUGCUACCAAGUGGGCCAUAUCUUCUUUGGCCAAUACUAACAAUUCCAGAUAUGGAGGAUUGAGUAUUAAUGAUUUACUGACAGGUUGUUACUAUGUGCCUGGAAAUAAUCACAAAUUGCAAAGUGACUCAGAUCAUGUUCCACCUGUUCAGAUUUGUUUCAGUUUUGAUACGACUGGAUCCAUGUAUUCUUAUUUGGAUAACUUGAAAUUCAAGUUGCAAACGAUAUGUCAACAAUUAAUGAAUGACAUUAGAGGUUUAGAAAUUGCAGUGAUUUGUCAUGGUGACUAUCAAGAUGCAAGAGGAAAAUAUGCCAUUUCAAAAUUGGAUUUCACAACAGAUAUUGAACAAAUUACUUCAUUUGUACAAUCUGUAGAAAGAACUUCUGGUUAUGACACGGAUGAAUGUUAUGAAGCAGUUCUGAAAGAAGCUCAGGCCAUGUCUUGGGUUCCAGUUGAAAAUACCUACACCAUUCGUUCACUUGUUGUGAUUGGUGAUGCAAGUCCUCAUAAACCUAGUGAAUGGUUUGGAAUUGAUUGGAAAGAAGAAGCCAAGAAGUUAUUCGAUGAUUACCAUAUUAAGGUUCACUCUGUGAAAUGUGGUAACAUGUUCGGCUCUCAAGAAUUUUACCAAACCAUUGCUUCUGAAACUGGUGGAAGUGUCUAUCAUUUAGAUAACUUUGAAAAGACCGUCGAAAUGUUUUGUGGAUUGAUCUAUCGUGAAGCCACAGAGCACAACAUGAUGGAUCCAACCAUGCAAGCUCACAUCAAUAAUGCUGCAAGUGGAGAAGUGACACUUGUCAAACCAACAGCAGUAGCACCUUCUUCUUCCUCAAUGGAUGCAAUGGUCGAUGAUGACACUGUUACUCCAAGAUCUGAUGAUGCUACUUCUCUGGGAGGCUAUGUUGUAACUGAUGCUGAUAUUUUGAAGAUUCAUAAUGCAAUUCAUAGUAGAGAUUCUACAGUGACUAUUAAUGGAAUGACAUUUGGUAUACAAAUGAAUGACAGUUCAUGUCGAUACGUGAGAGUGGAUGGAGUUGUGUACAUUGAACAAAACAAGGAAAAGAAGACAAAGUACGCCAAGAUGGCUUUGGAAGGCAAGAAAAUUACUUGGAUUUGCCACUCAGGAAAUUGGGGUCUUAUUGUAGACGAUUCUAUCCAAAAGCGAUAA